AUGCUUCAUUAUAUCUACUUUUUAUCUUUUAUAUUUAGUUUAAGAAGCCUGAAGAUUAAAGAAUUGGAUUCAUCUUACUAAAUUAGCAAAAAUUCAAUAAUACUUUCUGAUAAUAAUUUCACAUAAACAAAUGGAUUUCGAUAUGGAUUGUGGUCAAAAUAUAAUCCCCUAACUAAAAUACCUUAAGUUGGUAUUGUUGGAUAAUUUGACAGUAAUUGUUUGCUUUUGCACAAUGCAUCUGAGUAGAAAACUCAAUCACUUAAUCUUUUAUAUUAUGAUUGUCUAGAUUAUGAAUCAAAAACCAUAAAGAAAAUAAUUGCAUUUAUUGAUAAUAAUGAUGAAGAACAUUAUUUUAGUAAGGAGAUUGAUUGUUUUGAAUAUGAAAAUGCUUGGUAUUUCUUUAUGAUUUUGCAAUGGCCAUCGUAAAAAAUAUUUGAACUCAUUUUUAUGUAUUAAGACUAGACUAUAUUCCAUUCUUAUUUAUAAAUAAAAUGGCCUUUUUCAGAUACUAAUUUAUUGCUAACAUUUGGUGGUAGUAUGAUAGUAGGUUAAUCAAAAAUUUCAUCAAUUGAACAAGGAACUAAAAUUUCAUAUUUUCCAGGUAAACUAAUUCUGUAUGAAUUUGAGCUUUCAUAAAUCUCAGUUUCAGAAAUAUAUGAAUAAAUUUAACCAGCUUUUUUUGAAUAAUAUUAAAAAUGUAUAUGUUAGGAAAAUUCUAUAUCAAAAAUUGACGACGUUGAUAUCAAUAUGAUGAAAAAUUUAGUGUUUGUCUCAGAAAAUAUAAAUUGUAAUUCAUUUAUUUUAUCUGGAUGGUUGAAAAUUACCGAAAUAAUAAAGACAUAAGAUGUAUUAAUUUAUCAAUUAUUGGUUAUAACAUCAAAUUUUUUAAAUUCUUUAGCAGAUUACAAUUUAUCUCCAUUUUCAUUGUCUUAUAACAUUUCAUCUACAAAAAAUUACAUCAUUCUAACUACUUACAGUUAUACAUUUCCAUCAGUCACAAUCGAUUUCUCUGAUAGUCCAUUUUUAAUUAAAAAAGAGUUCGAUAUUUCAAAUGCAAUAUUCCUUUGGCAUAAUGUUUUUGUUUAAUUGUAAGAUGAUUUAUUGAUAAUCCAAAUUUAAUUUUUUGAAGGUCAUUAAAUUUAUGAUUAUAAAUUCUAAAUUAAAGUAUAUUAAUUUAAGCAGACUUAAUUUAAACUUUAAUAUGGGAAUAACUUAUAUUCAAAAACUAACUAUAUGAAUAUAUAAUUUAGAAAUUUUAAGUUUCACAAUUGUGAUAUUUAAUUUUAUCAAUAGAAUUGUCAUUACAGCUGUGAAGAUUGUGAGGGCCCAAACAAAAAUAAUUGUUUAUCCUGUAAAAAAGGAUCUCUUAGAAUUUAUUUAGCUCAAUUUAAAGCUUGCGUUUGCCCAUAUCAUACUAUGGAUGAUGAAAAAUGUUCAUCAUAUCAGGAUUAUGAUUUGAAAAUAGUGGAGAAUAAAUAAAAGAAAUCAGGUUGUAAAUAUGGAUACUUUGAAUAUUCUGACAGUUGUUUCUAAUGGUAUUUUUUUAAAAUGAUAUAGUCCAUCAAUUAUUAGAGAAAAUUUAGUAACUUGCUUAGAAUGUAUAUAAAAUCCAAAGGGAUGGAUAUAAAAACCUGAAUGCGAUGGAAAUUUGUAUUUAAGUUUGAAUGGUGAAGUUGAAUAAAUUAUUAAAGAUUAAUCGCCAAUAUUUUUUGUUUUUGAUGGAAAUGAUGCAAUUUAUUGUAAAAGUUGUACUGAAAUUUAUUCUUUUGUUCCUAAGGAAUAUAAUAUAGAAGAACCAGAUAUUUCUUUAUUUUCAUUGAAAUAUUAUUGUUUUGGAAAAGUCAAAAAUUGCUAAUAAUGCUUGCAUACUGUUUUUGGAAAUAUUUGCUUAGAAUGUUACUUUGGUUACACAUUAAUUCAAGGUGUUUGUACUUCCUUAUUUUAUGAUAAAUUAAAAUAUUGUAUUCCCCCAUUUUACUUAACAUUGCGAAGAUAAUGUAAUUUAUGCAAUAUUCGAUUUUGCAAAUAUUGUUUUGAAUAUCUGCGGAAUGAUUUAACUAUUUCCACAUUAUAUAAAGAUUUUGAAUUUAUUGACUAAGAUGAAGAAAUAGUAGUUGGUUGUGCUUUAUGUGAAGAGAAUUAUAUUUAUGAUUUCGAUAAUGGACUAUGUUUAUAUUAGCAACCAAAAAUAUAAAAUUGUUAAAGAUCAUUUAUAAAAGACAAUUAAGAAAUUUGUACUUUAUCAAUGAUAGAUGAUUUUAAUCUUGCUUCUGAAAUUAUUAAUUGCCAAAAAUAUUAACUUCAUUGUUUACAAUGCAUUUUAUCUCUUGAAUCUACAGUCUAAUGUAUUGUGUGUGAUUUAGGAUAUACAGCUUCAAUGAAGAAUGGAGGUUGCUAUUUAACUGAUCCGUUAAAAACAUUAGGAGCUAAAAUAGUUAUUGAAAGUUCAAUAUCUCAAAAAGAUGGUUGGAUAUAAAGAAUUCAAAGUUUUAUUAUGAAAUUUUUGCCUAAUCAAUAUUUUUAUCCUCAAUCAUAAUUAAAUACAGAUUUACAAGAAUAAAUAGUUGAAUGUCUAGAUGGAUUUAAAAUCGGGGAGGUUGUUUGCUAAUAAUAUUGUGAUUCUGAUUGCUAAUCAUGUGUUUAUGAUUAUUAAGAAGGUUUUAUUUGUAAUUAAUGCCCUUUGAAUUAUUUUUAUUAGCCAAUUAGACAUUAAAUCAAUGGUUCUUGUUCUGAAUGUCCUUAUCUAUGUUAAGCAUGCUAAAUUAGAUCAGAAAAGGAUAUUUAUGUAAUUUUUAUAUUGUAUUAUCUAGACCUAUUAACCAAAUUUCAUGUUGAAUAGUGAUAACAUUCACUAUACUAAAAAAUGUUUAAAGCCAGUUUUUGAUCCCAAUAUAUAUAUUGAUCAAUAUAAUCAGAUAGCAAGGUAUUGUUUUGAUGAAUAGUGCACUUCAACUCUUUUAUAUGAAUAUAAUUAUGAUUAUUGCGAAUUGUUUGAUACAUUUUGGGAAAGAUAAAUUAAUAUAAACUACUUAAACUAAAUUGGAAUAGAUACAUUAAUUAUUAAAUUUAAUUUUGCAAGUGAAAUUCCGUGUUAUUUAGUCAAUUUAUGGUUAAAAUCAACUCUAUUAAAUAAAAUAUUUUCACUUAAAAGUGUUUAAUUUAUAAUCACAUCUAAAAUAAAUUUAAUUUUUUCUACUUAAUCACCUAUAUAUGUUGAAAAUAUUGAUACUUUAAUUAUUAGCUACCUAACACAAAAGAGAGUUGCUAACGAUGAUUUUAUUAUACAAAAUAAUUACACUUAAACAGACCUGAAAUUAAUUAAUUUUACAAUUAUUGAUAGCAAAAUUUAAAAUUCUGAAUCUGUAUUUUAAACUGAUAUAUAUGGUGAUAUAAAGCUUAACAAUGUUUCAAUCAUUAACUCAGAGUUAAUGAAUUCAUCAUUUCUAAGUUUUAGAAAGUCAAAAAUUAAUGGAGUAAUUAAUAUUGAUAUAUUACUUAUAAAAAAUUGCACUCUAACAAAUUCAAAAUUAUUUUAAUUAACCAAUAAUAAAAUUAUUUUGUAAGUUCAAAAUCUUUUAAUUGAAGAUUGUGAAUUUUUAAAUUCGACAAUAUUUUUUAUUAAUGCUCCCCUUGAUCAAUAAAGUAACAUAUCAUUUAAGAGUGUAAUCAUUAAAAAGAACAAAUUUUAAAUCUCAAAUUAUGUAAAUUGUUUUGGCUACGCGAUUUUAUAGUUUAUAGACAUAAAAGUAUAUUCAAAUGAUUUACAAUAGUCAAGCUUAAUUAAUUAAAAUUAUAACUUAUCUUUAUAAUAUCUUUAAAUAUUUGAUAAUGAUAUGAAACUCUCUUAAUUAAUUUCGAUUAUUGAGGAAAAUUAUAAUUCAAAAAUUUCAAUUAAAAUUGAUAAUUUUGUUGCCUAUUAAAUUCAAAUCAGUAACUCAAAUUUAUUAAAAAUAUAAUCUAGCCAAGAGUCAAGUAAUAUAAUUUUAUAAAUUUCAAAUGUAAACUUUGAAAAAUUAACAAGUUCUUCUAGUACUGAAUUUAUUUCUAUGUUAUUUAUUAUAAAAUGCUUUCAAUUUAGCUCAUUAAAUAUUAGAUUCCAUAAUUUGAAUAAUAUUUUCAUCUUUUAUAUCUAUGAUAGUAAUAAAAUUGUAAUUGAGAAUAUUACAUAUGAAUAACAAGAUUAAUAAUAUAAAGUGCCAUUAAGAUAAAAUUGCAAAAGCUAUAUGAUGAUUAAAAAUUAAUUGCUCAAAUUAGUGAACUUUUAGUCUUUUAAACUUUCAAAUGUAUCAAUUUUAAAUUAAUAUACUGUUGAUGAAUCAAUUUUAGAUUUAUCUCCUAAACAACUUUAAUCAACAUCAGUUAAUAUAUAAAUAUAAAUCAUAGAUAUCAUAUUCAAAGGAAAUUUAUAAUUACACUUAUAAUCAUUAAGAUUUUUUUCCCUUUUAGCUAUAGAUUCAGAAAGAAAUCUAGAUAUUAAGAUCGUUAAUAUUUAAUUUUUAGAAAAUAUUUUUCAUUCUUAAAUUGAUGACACAUUUCUAUCUUUUGCAUCCUUACUAUAUAUUAAUUCAUAGAGUAGCACUGCGGAGAUAUUCAAUUUAUCAUCAAUGUAAAAUGGCUUAACAAAUUCAUCUAAUUCUUUUAUUUACAUAAAUUCUAUGAUUGUGAAGUUGUAUCAUUUUACUGUUUCUAACCAUAAUAUUUUAUCUAGUGAUAUAUUAUCAAAGUAUUAUGAUUUGCAAUUAAAUAGUUUAUUAGAUUAAGAACAAUUAAAUUAAUUUAUAUCUAAAAUAUUAUUUAUAAAGAAUAUUGGAGGAGCUGCUAAAAUAAUAGCUUCUACUUUUAUUUGUCAAAAAUGUCAUUUUUAAUAUAUACUUGCAUUUAAAAGUGUUAUAUUUGAGAUUAUAACAGAAUAUAAAGGAAUCGUAAGACUUAUAGAAAUAAAAGCAAAUAAUCUUUAGAGUGAUUUAAAUUAAAUUACUAAUAGUUCAGGUUGUAUCAGCAUAUAUUCACAAAAUAGUAUCCUAGAUCUUGAAAUCUCAAAUUCAACAUUUAGAGAUAUAUUGAAUAGAAUGUCUUCUUCAAUGCUAACAAUCUAAUCUUCGAAUAUUUAAAAUACUAUUUAUCUAAUUGAUAUAGAGAUUAAGAAUUGCCUUUCGUUGAUAAAUUAAAUCCUAUUUGUUUAAAUUUCUAAUAAAAUUGUUCAAAAUAAUAAAUUAACUCUUCAAAAUAUUAAGGUAUUUUAAGAUCAAAAAUCAUGGAAUUACUUUUUUAGUAAAGUAAAAGUUUUAAGUCAAACUGAAUUAUAAAGCAUUUCUAGCAAUGACAAUUCAUUAUUUUAUAUUGAGAGUUUUUCAGCUUCAUUAAAAAAUUUAACAUUUGAAGGAUUUUAUAUUUCAUCAUUUUUGAUAUUUGUUAAUUCACCAAAACUAGAAUUUUAUAAUUUGUUGAUUACAUAAAUUUAGGCAUUAUCUUCUUUUACUUUAGUAAAGAUAAUUUAAAAGAUGGAUUUAGAAUCUAAAGUGAUUCUCCAAUCUUUAAGAAUAUAAAAUUACACAAAUUAUUUAGCAAAUGAUAUGGAAAUUUAAUUUUCGGAUUAAUUUUUUUAAAGCAUUGGAUGCAGUUAUACCGAAACCUAUUCCUCUAUUGAUAUCUAAUAUUAUUUCUUAUCUGACCUUUUUAAAUCUAUUGAAUAGGAAUCAUAAAAAUAAGUAUCUUUAAUAUCUAUAUCAAGUUCAUCAUAUAAACAUUCAUUUUACUUUAAUUAAAUAAAUUUAAUUUAAAACAAUUGCACUGUAUGUAGCGAUGGUUUAAUUUCAUUUUAGCUAUUUUUCUAUUAAAAUGUUAACAUUAAAGAUUUUCAUUGUCUUUAUAAUUUUGUUCAAUAAUAUGGAUGUUUGAAAUUUACAACUUCAAAUGAUCAAUCCUAAGUAGUUCAAUUGCAGAAUUCAAAUUUUAUAAAAAACCAAGGAAGUAAAGGAAUAGGAAUCUCUUCUUUUCUAGUGCCAAUUAACAUAAAUUUAUGCAAAAUAAUAUUUAAUACAGCGAGUCAAGAAGGUGGAGGCUUAUAUUUGGAAUUGAAGAGCAGCAAUUUUUCAAUUAAAAAUAGCAUUAUAAUAUAAAAUAAGGCAGGAGAAGGAGGAGGAAUUUAUCUUAAUUAGGAUAGUAAUUUGAAUCUUGAGAAUAAUGUUAAAAAUUAUUUCAUCUUGAAUCAGGCUUCUUUUUAUGGGAAUAAUUUAGUUGAGAACCCAACUCAUUUGGCUAUGUUAAUCAACUAAUUUGAAAUGCCAUCGAGAAUUCUACAUUUUGAAUAAAAAUAAACAAAAAUAUUGGAUAUCAAACCAUAUAUUACAAUUGAAUAAGAAAGGAAAAUAAAAACAAAGUAUUUAAUGGUUCCAAGUAAUCAACUUUUAUCAGAAUUUAGCCUUAUUUUACCAAGAUAGUCUUAAACAAUAUUCUAAAUUAGCAAAUUAGCAUUAAUUUUUAAGAACAGUUUAAAUGAAAUGCUCUUAAACAUAAAAAAUUCCACUUGUACUAUUGUGAGCAAUAUUAUUAAGCUUGAUGGAACGAAAGUCGAUGGAUUUUUGAAAAAAAACUUUUUAACAUUUGAUAUUAAAUAAAAUGGUUUUGAUUUAACUUCUCUAACAUUUUAACUUGAUCCUUACAACAAUGAUUAUCAAUAUUUAUAGAUAUAAUUCAUUUGUUAAACAUAAACAUAAGAAAAUUAAAUAAAUUAUUAUAUCCAGUUGAAAAGUUACAAAUGCUAGCUUGGAGAAUUUUAUGUAAAUUUUGGAUGCUAGAAAUGCCUUCCAUUUUAAAGAUUUUAUUCAGUUACUUAUGAUUCUAUAAAAUGUUCUAUAUUCGAUAAAGAAAAAUUUCUAGAAAUUACAUCAAAUGCUAUUUAAUUAAAAAAUGGGUAUUGGAGACCAAACUAUCUAUCAGAUUACUCGGUUUUAUGUUUUAAAAAUACAAAAAAUUGUGGGGGUGGAUGGACAGUUGGAGACAACAGUUGCAGUGAGGGCCAUGUUGGUGCAUUAUGUGAAGAAUGUGAUAUAUAUAAUGUAAGAGGAUUUGGAAAACAUUUUAAAACUUAGACCAACUCAGAAUGUGUUUAAUGUUUUGGAGUACAAGAUAGUGUACUUCCUGUCUUUUUUAAUAUUUUAUGGUAAAUCUAUAUAUAUUCUAAGGGCUAUACUAUCAAUAAUUAUUACUUUAAGAAGUAUUGAAAAAUCAAAUGAACUAUUUUUAUUUCUCAAAAUUAGAGAAAGAUUUAGUAAAAUCUUAUUUAAAUUAAAUUAAGGUAUAAAUACUAAUUUUACUAGAUCUUCAAAGUAUUUUUGUUAAAAUGUUCUUGAACUAUUUGUGGAUUUUUUCAGUAAUUUUUACUUUCAAUAUAAACUUUUCAUUUUCAAUCGACUUAAUUAACCAAGCCAGUAAUACUUCCUAUUCGAUGGCAAACAAUUUAGAUUGUUAUUUGUCUGAAAUAGAAAAGAUUGAGUUAGUCUAUUUCAAAGUUAUUGUUAUCUUAAUUUUAAUCCUUUGGUAAUUUAUUAUUAUUGUUAUUGCGUACUUAAUCUUUUCCAUAACUACAAAAAAUGAAUUUAAACUUAGUAUUAUUUCAAAUACUUUGCUUUGUCUCUAUAUUUUUAAUUUUACUGGAAUUAUUAAGAUGUAAUAUAAAUAUAUAACUAAUUGUUUAGUUUAUGUUCAUUGAUUUCUGUGAGGGAAAUUUCGAAUAUUCAAUAUGUUUAAGGAGAUUUAACUCGAUUAUUUUAUACUUAAAACCAUCAUUUUUGGAUAAAUUAUCUAGUGCUACCUGGAUUGAUAAUCUUUGGACUUAUAUUUCCUAUUUUACUAUUUUUGCUGAUGUAUUUUAAACAGAAUUUUUUAAAUAAUUCUAAAUUGAGACCUCAUAUUUGUUAUCUAUAUAACGAAUAUGAAUUGACAAGCUAUUUCUGGGAAUAAAUAAAAUUGAGUAAAAAGGCCAUCAUAAUCCUUUUUUUAACAUAUUUUGAAACUCGUAUAACCUUGAAGGCCUCUUUAAUUGGCUUGAUUUUACUAUGUUAUUAGAAAAUAGCAUUAAAAAAAAAGCCUUAUAUCCUGUAAAAUCUUAAUCGAUUAGACUUGAAAGCUGGAUAAAUUUGUUCAUUCUCUAUUUUUUUAGCCACAAUCAAAUAUGAGAAUGAAACAUAAAGCAAUAAUUUCUCAUCUAUAUUUCUCUAAAUUUUUAUCAUACUCCUGUUUUUUAUGCUUUUUUAUCAAUUUAUUUAUAAUAUUGCAUUAAUUUAUAUUAAAAAAUAUAAAUUAGUUGUGAUUAAAUAUUUACUUUUGAUAUCUAAAAUUAUGAAAAUGAAAAAGUGUUCCAAUUUAUUUCAGGGACUUCUAAAUUAAGAUAACAGAAGAAAUUAAAGAUUAAAAGAAAAUAUAACUAAAUUAAAAACAUACCUCUUGUUAGUUUCAAAAGACCAAAUAAAGAAUAGAUCGUAAUUUUAAGAUCAUAUUUUAGUGUCAUUACAACCAAAAUUGUUUCUAUGCCAUUUCCUAAAUCAAGACUUUUAAGUGCUGAAUUUUCAGAUUAGCUAUAUAUGUUAACUAAGAGAUGA